AGUGGAUUUGUCGGGCCUGGAGAGAGCUGGGGAAAUCGAAACUUAUUUCAGCAGCUGUCUUCAGUCACUGGGUGUGUCUUCCUGCACAGUGGACUUGACGGGCCUGGAGGGAGGAGAGGAAAUUGAAACCUAUCUCAUCCUCUAGUUUAUUUACAUCAUUGGGUAUGUCUUCUUUGACCACAGUAGAGUUUUCCACUCUGAAAUGAACUGGGUUUUCCAGAAACGAAUCCAAGAUCCAGCUGUUGGUAGUAGUGGGGGUGGGGAUGUCAGUUGGGGUCUUCAGGAAAUCUUCAGUGGGUAGGUCCAGAACAGAGACCCUACUCAGAUGCCCCUAGGCCUAGGAGGCAAAAGUCCUCAGAGGCUGAAGGGAAGCCAAUGUACAGGCUCUCUCAGAAGCCGUCUAGUUCUUGAAAAGGCACCUAUCUAUAAAGAUUCGGUUCCUGUUUGGAAACUUAACUGGUCCUCAUGGCGUUUUCGGGCACAGGGACACUGGUGGCUUCCAUUGUCUCCAAGAUGACAUCUUCAGCAGCCAUGGUCAAAGCUGGAGGGGCAGUCUCUGGCACCAUUCUAGCUGGUUCGAAGGGGCUCAUCCUGUUAACACAGAGUGCCCUGGGCUCUGCAACAUCUGCACUUGGAGCACUGAAGGUUGGCACCAUUUUAUCUGGGUUCUCUGCCUCCACCUUGGCUGCUUCCCCCAUUGGAGAGGAACCUGCUUUGGUGGGCAGGGAGAAGAAAAGUGACUUCAGAUUUUCCUUCCCCGCAGCAGGCAAAGCAGCAAGAAGGCAGAGAAAGGAAGGACAAAGCAAAAUCUACCUGAAGGGUUUUGAGUUCUCCAGAGCCAAGGCUGUUGUGGCUGUGCUUGGGGGAGCCAUGACAGUAGCUGCUGUACCACCUGCGCUGAGUGCUGUGGGCUUCACCGCCUCAGGAAUUGCAGCCUCCUCUCUAGCAGCUAAGAUGAUGUCCUUGUCAGCUAUUGCUAAUGGGGGUGGAGUCCCAGCUGGUGGCCUGGUGGCCAUUCUGCAGUCUGCUGGAGCUGCUGGACUCUCCGUGCCAUCUACUGUCAUCGUGGGCUCUGCAGGGUCUGCCGUUGUGGCCAGUGUCAUGAACAUCUGUGAGAGUUUCUACCCUUUUCUCAUGGGAUCAGAGGUGGCAGACAUGGCGACAGAGGUGGCAGAUAUGGCGAUAGAGGUGGCAGACAUUUCAACAGAAGAGGCACUGCCCAACUUGUCUAACACAGAGAAGGAUUAAUUACCCCCAGGCGACAAUCUCCUAACACAUAUUGCCUAGGUGGAAAUAAAUUAAACCGAGUUCUUGCCAGUCUC